AUGAGAAGGACCGUGCUCAUGAUUGGAAAUGGAGAGGCCCGGGGUGGUGCAGACGUUAAGCGCUGGUAUAUUUUUGGAGACUUCAGCCCUGAUGAAUUCAAUCAGUUCUUUGUGACACCUCGCUCCUCUGUUGAGCUUCCUCCCUACAAUGGAGCAGUUUUGUGUGGCGCUCAGGCUGCAGAUGAACUCCUCGACGGACAAGAAUACCAGAGAAUUGAGUUUGGAGUUAAUGAAGUAAUCGAACCGGAAGACUCUGUGCCCAGAGCCCCCAGCUACAGUAUUUCCAGCACACUGAACCCUCAGGCCCCGGAAUUUAUUUUAGGUUGUCCUGCUUCCAAAAAGACCCCCGAUGAUGUGGAUAAGGAUGCAAACUACAGUUCUGAAUGCCAGUACCCGGGAUCUCCGCUUACUCUGGAUAGCAGUUCCAACGUGGAGACAGAAGUGUGGGAAAAUGAUGGCGUCUCUGGUGGUCUCGGACAAAGGGAACGGAAGAAGAAGAAGAAACGACCACCUGGGUAUUAUAGUUACUUGAAAGAUGGCAGCGAUGGCAGUGCUCCCACAGAGGCCCUGGUCAACGGCCACGCACACCCGCCUGCCCCGGACAGCGGAAGUGCAGAGGACACAGAGUUCUUGGGUGACGUGCCCCCGUUGGUCACCCCCAGGACUUGUAAUAGCCCUGAGGACUCCCUGGACUUUGUGGGUGGCUCUCUGCCCGAUGGGCCUUUCCCCAGAGCACUGGACAGCCAUGCCAGGACUGCGGGGCAGCCAGAGCUGUGCCUCCCUGCCUUUGAGCAGGCCUGCCUCCCUGUCGAGGCUGCCAGGGACAGCCUGGCAAGGACAGCAGUGGCCCAGCCUUGUGUCGGGCUUGAUACUACUGAGAACCUUGGUGUUGCUAAUGGACAAGUACUUGAACCCUCGGGUGCAGACCCAGCUGCCAAUGGGAUGGAGCUGCACACAGUGGAGAGCACGGACUCUGAACCUGCGCAGCCCCCUACUGACCCCUCGGCCUUGGUGGCCGGCUCCGCCCCCCCCAGCCAGCCCACCAAGUCAUGGGCCAGUCUCUUCCAUGAUUCCAAGGCCUCUUCUUCCUCACCCAUGGCUUAUGUGGAAACCAAGUAUUCCCCACCUGUCACAUCGUCCCCGGCCUCUGAAAAGCAGGUUGAAGUCAGAGAAGGGCUUGUUCCAGUUUCGGAGGACCCUGUAGCCAUAAAGAUCGCAGAGUUACUGGAGACUGUAACCCUGAUCCAUAAACCGGUGUCAUUGCAACCCCGUGGGCUGAUCAAUAAAGGAAACUGGUGCUACAUUAAUGCUACCUUGCAGGCAUUGGUUGCUUGCCCCCCGAUGUAUCACCUGAUGAAGUUCAUUCCUGUGUAUUCCAAAGUGCAGCGGCCUUGUACGUCCACACCCAUGAUAGAUAGCUUUGUUCGAUUGAUGAAUGAGUUCACUAACAUGCCAGUACCUCCAAAACCCAGACAAGCUCUUGGGGAUAAAAUCGUGAGGGACAUCCGUCCCGGCGCCGCCUUCGAGCCCACGUAUAUUUAUAGACUCCUGACGGUCAUCAAGUCCAGCUUGUCUGAAAAGGGCCGACAGGAAGAUGCUGAGGAAUACCUCGGCUUUAUUCUCAACGGACUCCACGAGGAGAUGCUGAAUCUCAAGAAGCUUAUCUCACCGAAUACUGAAAAGCUCAGUGUCUCCAACGGGCCCCAGAGCCCCUUGGUGAACGACGAGGAGCAGGAAGAACCAGGCGAGGGCAGCGAGGACGAGUGGGAGCAGGUGGGCCCCAGGAACAAGACCUCGGUCACUCGGCAGGCGGACUUUGUCCAGACGCCCAUCACUGGCAUUUUUGGCGGGCAUAUCAGGUCUGUGGUUUACCAGCAGAGCUCAAAGGAGUCGGCCACGCUGCAGCCUUUCUUCACGCUGCAGCUGGACAUCCAGUCUGACAAGAUCCGCACUGUCCAGGACGCACUGGAGAGCUUGGUGGCCAGAGAGUCUGUACAGGGCUACACCACAAAAACCAAGCAGGAGGUGGAGAUAAGUCGUAGAGUGACUCUGGAGAAGCUCCCUCCUGUCCUCGUGUUACAUCUGAAACGAUUUGUUUAUGAGAAGACUGGCGGCUGUCAGAAACUGAUUAAAAACAUCGAAUAUCCUGUGGACCUAGAAAUCAGCAAAGAACUGCUUUCUCCAGGGGUCAAAAAUAAGAACUUCAAAUGCCACAGGACCUAUAGGCUAUUUGCAGUGGUCUACCACCAUGGGAACAGCGCCACUGGUGGCCACUACACCACAGACGUCUUCCAGAUCGGCCUGAAUGGCUGGCUCCGCAUCGAUGACCAGACAGUCAAAGUGAUCACCCAGUACCAGGUGGUGAAGCCCACGGCCGAGCGCACAGCCUACCUCCUCUACUACCGCCGCGUGGACCUGCUGUAG